AUGUACCCUUCAUCGUCGUCCUCACCGCGCAAGACCAGCGAAGGCUUCAGUAGCAGUCGCUCCAGCGAAAGAUACGAUUCCCAAAUCGUCUACCGCAUAUGCAGGGCCCGUAUCUUGGCGAAACUCGAUGAGGCUCCUGUGGGAACGCUGCAUGUGCGCAUCUGGCUUACAUGCGGGCUCGGAUUUCUCGCAGCCUCGUAUGAAAACUUUGUCGCCAACUUGAUUCUGCCGCUGCUCUACCACGUUAACUAUCCGACUCUGACCGCACAACCCGGGGAGGAUCCAUACCAACUUCCAUCUGACUUUCCCUCAAGACAUCCCGACUCUGAUGCCUGGAUGAAAGCCUCGAUUCUCUGGGGGAAUCUUGUGGGUCAAAUCUCGUUUGGCUACUUGGCCGAUCGAUAUGGACGCAGGGCUGUCUUCAGCUCCACGAUGAUCAUCAUGAUUGUCUGCACCAUCGGCUCGGCCUUCUCGGCCAGCGCUAUCCGCGGCGCCAACAUCCUCCAGACCCUGGCCGUCUGGCGCUUCUUCCUCGGCAUCGGUAUUGGCGGUGAUUAUCCUCUCUCGGCCAUCAUCACCUCCGAGUUUGCCAACGUCAAGUGGCGCGGCACCAUGAUCGCCGCCGUCUUUGCCAUGCAGGGAAUCGGAAUCCUCACCGGCGGCCUCGUCACCCUCGCCACCCUCGCCGCCCUCCAGAACAGCAUCCGCUCCGACCCGGCCUAUCUCGACCUCGUCUGGCGCAUCAUCCUGGCCUUUGGUGUGAUCCCUGCGAUGGGUGCCGUGUACUUCCGUCUGACCAUCCCCGAGACCCCCCGCUACACCGUCGAUGUCAUUGGCUCUGUCGACCAGGCCGAGCGCGAUGUCGAGAAGGUCAUGGCCCUCAACGCCACCCGCGAUGUGUCGUCCAACUGGGUCGGCGAGGAGGUCGCCAACGGCACCCGUGCCAACGUCAAGAAGGGAGGAUUCUGGGCGCACUUUGGCCAGUGGAAGAACGGCAAGAUCCUGUUUGGCUGUGCCUUCACCUGGUUUGCGCUCGAUGUCGCCUGGUAUGGUCUCUCGCUCAACGCCAGCACGAUCCUGACGCUGAUCAACUGGAACGGCUCCAACUCGCUCCCUCCGUACGACAACUACUGGCAAAAGACCGUCGGCCAGGUCAUCAUUGCAUGCAUGGGCACUGUUCCUGGAUACUGGGUCUGUGUCGCCCUGAUCGACCGCACGGGUCGCUUGACCCUCCAAGGCUUUGGAUUUGCCGUCAUCACGGUGAGCUUGCUCAUUCUCGCCUUAUUCUGGGAGACGAUCGCAACCCGAACCGUUGGGUUCUGUGUUCUCUAUGGACUUGCCAGCUUCUUCUUUCAGUGCGGCCCCAACGCCACCACGUUCAUCCUUCCAGCCGAGCUGUUUCCCACGCCCUUCCGAGCACGAGCAUACGGCAUCGCCGCAGCCAUGGGCAAGCUCGGUGCCAUCAUCGGCGUGCAAAUUUUCAGUCCCAUCUUUGCCAGCAAUCUGGACGUCUGUCUCUAUUGCUUUGCGGGCGUGAUGGCUCUCGGCGGGAUGGCCACGCUGCUCGUUCCAGAAACAAACGGCGUUGCCCUCGAGACCCUCGAGGUUAUCUCUGCCAAGAAGAUACAAAUGGGCCCGGCUCUGGCGGGUGCGCAGCGCGAAACCGUUGAGGAGCUUGCCUCCGAGUUUUUGAUUUCCCGGGAUCUGGAGGCGUCGCCGUCGCAGAUCGACAAUAUAUUUACGGACUGGAGUGUGUAG